AUGGCAACAACAGAAAAGGCGAAGCCGGCCGGCCCUUUCAAGCUGGUAACCGUUAAUUCUUCUCCAGACCGAGCAAAGAAGCUCUGUGGCAGGCUGGUUGAGGAGAUGAGAGCCACGCAUCACAUUGAUUACGUUGCCAACACGACCAGCAUAGACGGCGUGAGAGCCAUGGUAGAGGAACACAAACCAAAUCUCAUGUUUACCGCGUCGAUGUGGACUCCUGAGGAGGCAGCACAGGCUGUCUCCGUUGCACGAGAAAUAGUGCCAGACAUCAAAGUCAUGUCUCUGCCAAAGGGGCUUCAAGUUGAAAAGGGUCCUGAGGGUGUGAUAGAAUAUGGGAAGGCCCAUCUACCUGCGAUUCUUGACUCGUAA